UAGAAAGAGCGUUCAAACCCAACGUUCUUCUACUUGUCCGCUUUCUCAUUGAUAAUCAAAUUAAUAAUCCACCACAGACAUUAUUAAUCUCCUCGAGACGCUCAACAAAACAAAACCCUGUUUCUUCUAUCUAUUCACUUUCCGAUGGAAUAUUCCGGCAAGAUCUCCGGCCAAGUGACCCCUGUCAAAACCCCCAAACCAAACAAGUCAAAAUCUCCCAAAGUUUCUGAAAAUUCGGACCCUAAUUUCACUAGCCCCAAUUCAAAACUAUCCAAAUCAGCCCCACCCAAAUCUGCUAAAAAAACCCAAAAGUCUGCUGUUAAAAACCCUAACCCUCUUGCAUUGCCUACCAAGAUUCGUGACCGGAAGUUCGUUGUCGCGAAAAAGAAUAUCAAGAAGGAGAAGUUGAGGCCUUCUGAAGUGCAAUGUAAGUGCAAGGUUAGUUGUAAUUUGCAGAAGUGUCCUACUGUUGCUUAUGAGAUCUUGAGGGUUUCUCAAGAAGGGUUUUUCAAGAUUCGGGGUAAUGUCGAUGAUUGUUCUGAUAAGGAUCUUGAAAUUGUGGAUGAUUGUUUGGGGAAGAAUGGAGUAGGUGAUGGUGUUGAGGGUGAGGUGAUAAGUACUAAUGUGAAGAGAAUGAGGGAUAGGUUUGAGGGAGUUGAGAAGAGUGUGAGUAAUGUGGCUGAACCGGGUUCCGGGAAAGUGAUGAAUUUGGUUAAGGCCUUUGAGCAGCUUCUUACGAUGCCAAAGUCAAAAGAACUAGAUGAGAAGAGUGAGAAUAAAUUGGAGGGUGAUGUGAAAGGUAUGGGAUUGGGAGAGAAGGAUCUUGCAGUACAGGUUUCGUCAUAUUCGUUUUGUCAGUCAGAUUUUCCCCUCACAUCAGAAAGUUUGGGGUUAGAUCCCUGGGUUCGGUCUUCGUUGGAUAGCUGCCAAGGAAGCUUUACUCUUUCAAGCAGGAAUUCUGGUGGUCGAAGGAGCAGAAGAAAUAGCUCAGAGUCAUCGGGGACAUUGGGUGGACGGCACUGGAAGAAGAGGCAUCAUAGAGUCACCUCCCAGAGACCAUUUAAUCUUAGGACAGAGCAAAGGGGAAGAUCAAAGGAAGAAGAAUUCAUCAAGAAAGUACAAGAAAGGAUGAUAGAGGAGGAAAAACAGCGGAUACCAGUGGCACAAGGUCUUCCAUGGACGACAGAUGAACCAGAGUGCCUGGUAAAACCUCCUGUCAAGGAAAGUACACGGCCGGUUGAUUUAGUUUUGCACAGUGAUGUAAGGGCUGUGGAGCGGGCUGAUUUCGAUCAUCAGGUGGCAGAGAAAAUGAGUUAUAUUGAGCAAUUCAAAAUGGAAAGGGAAAGACAGCAGAAGUUGGCUGAAGAAGAAGAAAUAAAAAGACUGAGGAGGAGUGAACUUAUUCCAAUAGCUCAGCCCAUGCCGUAUUUUGACAGGCCAUUCAUCCCGAGAAGGUCAAUGAAGGAUCCUACUAUCCCGAAGGAACCAAAAUUCCACCACUUGCCUCAGCACAAAAAGAUCAAGCAUUACAAGUCCAGGUCUGCUGCAGAGUAGCUAAAUUUUUGAAACAUUAUAUUAUUGGUAGAGAUCUCUAUUUCUGUCUUAAAUGCUCAAGAAAUAUUGGAAAUUUAUUAAAAUCAUUUUUGGGUGCAAUAACGUGUAUAUAGUGAAAAACAUCUUGCGUAUUAAUGAAAAAUGUAAAUUUUCUCCGGAGAAUUCCUCGUGAUAUAAUUGACUUGAGCAAUAGCCUUACACCACAUUGUAAUAUAUAGUUUGGGACUUCUUGUACUUGUUCAUUUGUAUUAGACUGUUAUAUUCUCUUAUCAA